GGAGAAGCGAGAGAGCGAACGGACGUCACACGGUAUUCUACGAGAAUUUUCUCUCACGUGGGCCGUGAGGUCCCGUGUGUCAAGCGUGCGCGUUGGUGUAAGCGAGACGAAAACCGAGACGAAAGGGGCCGAGAGCAGACGCAAAAAAAGGACGGAACGAGACGAGUCUCAAACGUAGGAGCGAGACGGAAAGAGCAACACAAGAGCGAGCGAGCAAGCGAAUCAAACGGCGUGGAGCGCCAGUACAGAGCGCAGUCUUUAUCUGCGCUUGUAUUAUGCUCUGUUGAGUGAAUUGUCAAGUGAAAUCAGAAAUGGCUGCCAGCGAGCAACAACGUAAGGAAGCGAGUGAAGCACGGGAACCAGCUCAUCAUGCAAGACGUCCCAUGAAUGCAUUUCUGAUAUUUUGUAAAAGACAUCGGGGCUCGGUGCGAUCAGGUUUUCCACACUUAGAAAAUAGAGCAGUCACGAGGGUCUUGGGUGAAUGGUGGGCAACUCUUCAGCCUGAUCAAAAACGUUCCUACAUAAAUCUUGCACAGGAGUAGAAAGAUGCAUUUCUAAAUGUAAUGCCUGACAAGUGGUACAAACUACCCGCGUGUCCAUUGCGCACUUUACCUGAAUAUGAGUCUUCCGAUUGUACAAAGUCAGAUAGACGAGACGGACAAUCAAUUCAACCAGGCAAACUAGCGGACGAAUCGCAGAUUGGCGGGCUGAGUUCUCUUUUUACUCCUCAGAAAACAGAGAUACCUGACGAACAGGCAGUUAAUGGUAUUGCGACGGAAAGUGACGCCGUUCCAAAACCACCGAAAAAACGAUACACAGAAUUACCUUUCCAAAAUGAAAAUCAGAAGAAGGAUUGCAAAGCAGAUCUCUUUGGCGAAAAGAAAAGAAAAACAGCUGAAUCCAAUAACAACGAACAACACGAAACGAUAAUAGAAGAUGAAAAACAUGCAAUAAAUCCAUUUGUGACGCAACCAGAGGAAAACAAUUUUCGUGGAGAAAGAACAUGUAAAGGUUUACGUUAUCAGAAAUUCCUUGCUGAACAGAUGAAGAAUAUUGGCCCAUCUAGUCAACAAGGCAAACGGAAACGAACAACUGGAAGUCAUGGACUUGAAGAACGUUCAAAUGAAAGGAGAAAUUCCAUUUCUUCAAACAUCAGUGAAAAAACAGAUUCCUUGAGCAGUGAAGGAGGAAAUAGUUCUCGUGGAGAACUAGAACAUCUGGUAGAAAGCGCUGAAGGAAACAUAGAGGCUUCCAAACCUGAAGACACAGAAACUGAAGAAGCUGAAAAUCAGACGGAUUAUGGAUCUUGGACACGUAAAAGAUUUCGAGCCGAAGACUUUAAUUUGGAAAAAAAGAUCGAAGCCUUGCCAUCUUUAAGUUUAGAGGAGUUUCAAGAAAAGAAAAAACAGCAACGUACGAAAAAAAAGAAAAUUCUUCAAAAAUUCAACUCAUCGACAAACAAAAAAUAUCAAAAUAAUCCAACUAAUAAUCAGAUAAAUGGCCAGAAUCGAAGAGCGAACACAAGUGAGAGUUUAGAGGAAUCAGAGAAAGCCCAUCUGGUUGGGAGCCAGAAACGAAAAGCACGCAAGCAAAAUAUCACACGGAAUACUGGAGCAAUAAAUUCCGCUAAACAUUCUGAGGAUCAACAACCAAAUAAAUCUUGGUGCGCAUCUCCGGAUCUUGAAGCUCUAGCGUGUCUCGCAACGGUUGCCGCUAACAGAACAAAACUUACCAAAAAUAACGCUUAAUAAUAUUAUUCAUCAAUAAGAGUCGAUAGCAAACUACGCUACAGAAGAUCGCACUACAAAAACCAAAACUUUAUUACGUUUUUUCCACACAAUUAUAUUUUUCCUAUUCGGAAUUAUAUACAUCCAAACAUACUUCUCCAAGUGCUGUUAUAAAUGAUACUUCUCAGUAUCGAUAACAAUUCUUAUUAUUGAUAUAUAUUUAUAUAUAUAUAUAUAUUAUAUUAUUACUCUUUAUAUAUUAUUACGGAUAUUAAUAUUACGACUGCUGUUUUGACUGUAGACUAUUCCAUUAUUCACAGAUAGUAGGUAUAUGAGGACAGUGUGUUUUUAUUCAAAGUAAAAAUUUUUUACUCGUAAGGUAGCGAGAUAAAAAGAUCUUUUUAUCUUUAUUCUAUAAAAGUAUGUUUCGUAAAUAGUCGUUUUUUCAAUUAUGUUUACAAAAUGCAUAUAAUUUUAUUCACGUUGAUCCCACGGUUAGUUUGUACAUAUAAAACAGAGUUAAUUUAUCUAGUACAAGAUAAUCACUUAUGUUAAUGCAAACAGUAAAUUUUAUUGUAUGUUAUAUUAAGAUUGCAAAAGUAAUUUUAACUUUUAGUUAGUUUCUUCUUCUUUAUACGCCAAAUCUAGAGCUUUUGUGAGAAUGUUCAUAGAAUCAUGAUAAAAGCCAACAAUAAAUCUGAUUAGAUAACGUGAAGCUGUGAAGUCUGACUAGUAUGAAAAACAUUGAGUCAAACAAAGUAUAUAAACACGGAACGAUUUAUAUAUUAGUUUUUUAUAUAGAAGAUUUAUAUAAAGAGUUUUAUUUUUUAUUCUUUCGUAAUUUGUUGGUUUUAUUUUAUACGAAGAAAAAAUAAGACAAUUUUUGUAAUUUAAGUUACGAUUGCACUAGAUGAACGCUUCGUCGCGAAUCGUAAUACUUGAAGAGAACUCAAAGUUUUCGAUAAUGUAUAAUGUAUAGACACGAAAACAUUGACUUUAUAUUCUAUCGGCGUUUGAUGUACAUAGGUAUAGGUGCAGUAUUAUUGAUAAGAAUACGAAAGAUAAUAUGGAAUAUCCUUCACACGAUACAGCGUGAACAUCAAAAAAAGGGUAUAAUCAAAAUGAAGUGGAUAUACAUACAUAUAUACGCGAGACCACUAUUAUUUAUAUAUGUUGUACAUGCAUACGAAUAGACGCGUAAGAUUUAAACAUGUAUAAAUUUUCACGUAUGUACACGAAUACGCAUGAAUAUAUCUUUAUAUUGUAAUACAUGUAUAUCCGUAUAUGCAUGUAAUAGAGUGAUAAGACUACAUAUAUAUGUGAAUGUGUAUAUUUAUAAUAUUUAUAUCAAUUAUAUAUAUCUAUUAUUGUAUAUCUAGCGGUUAAGAUCACAAGGAUAUGUGUGCGACUUUGUGCUCUGUUUGAGAAAGUAAGAGAUUUGUCUGUGAUUUUGCGCGCGAGACUAAAGGAGUUUUUAAUAUUUUAUAUUUUUCUAUAUAUAAUAAUAUC